AUGAUUUCAUCUAGUAGCCCGUUUGGGCAGUCAUCUAAUAGCCCGUUUGGACAGUCACCUAGCAGCAGCCCUUUUGGGUCCCAAUCAGUUUUUGGGCAGAUUAAAAAUGCAAGUGGCAAUCCAUUUGCUCCUAAACCCUUCGGCAGUACAUCCCAUUUUGGUGGCAUUUCUACUGGCGUGUUUGGUGCAACCCAAUCUUCUUCGCCUUUAUCAUCGACACCAGUGUUUGGUGCUUCGUCUACCCCAGCUUUUGGAAGUUCAACGCCUGCUUUUGGAGCAACAUCAACUCCUGCCUUUGGUAGUUCGUCAUCAUCAUUUGGUGGUAAGUGUAUUUAUGGAGUGUUUGACCACUAUUUGCCCUUUCCUCUUUUUUAUGUGGUACAAUUAUGUGUAAUAUGCUGUCUAUAG